AUGUCAAUGCAUCCUACGCGUCACAAACAACGCCAACUGAAACUAAACGAGCUCUGUAGAGCAGUAGAAAGUAACCGAUUAACUGCAAACUAUCAGAAAGAUUUGGAUCAAAUCCAGCGGAACAGCCUUGAGCAGUGGAGAAAGCAGGGCACCGAAAGGAAAAACCAUCAACGGGAAUUUGAAUUGCAACAAACAGCCCUUCUAAAAGAGUCGGAGAAACGUAAAUGGCUAUUGGAGGAACAGAAAAAAGCUCAACAAAUACAAGAGGCAAACCGACAACGAAUCAAUGAAGAAAAGCUCAGACAGCAGCUGCGCGAAUCGAACCAAGAAAUGCGUGAGCUUGAGUCAAAACUUCGUGCCGCAUAUGUGGCUAAGGGUAUUGCCGUACAAUUAGCUGAAGCGAAACUACGAAAGAAAAACGAACGGUUGCAGGUUUUCAAUGAGAUGCAAGAAUUAGAUAAACUGAAAAAAGAGAAUAUAGAAUAUAUGAAGGAGAAACAGAUCGCUGAAGCAAAUGAGAAGCGAUGGCUUCGGUCAGUGCUGCAGCAACAAAUGGACGAGACGCGGAACACUAAAAAGUGUUUGUAUGAAGAAUUUCUAGUCGAGAAAAACUAUCUUGAUGCGGUGGUUAAAAAAAUUCAGGAAGAACAUUUUGAAGCUAUUCAACGCAAGUUGGAGUUUCAAAAGUGCACAAGACAGGAAAUGGAAUACUUUCAAGAAGCAAAACAAAUCUGGAAAGCUCGACAAGAGCUGGUUGCUAAGGAGGAAAAUGAACGGCUUAGAAAGUAUGCCGAAGAAAAAGAUCGUCUGAAAGCAAUGGAACGCGAAGAAAAGGAGGAAAUGAGUAAAAAGCGAGAACAACUUAACGAGACUAUGAUUGCGAAAUUGGAGAAAGAAACGCUGGAACAACGGAAUCGCGAAGAAAUGCUUCAAGAACUUUACAUAGCCGAGCGUGACGAAAAAGAAGAAUUCAAACGGCAGCAGGAGUUAGAGGAUCAAAUUCGAAAGAGAAUAGAAAUCAGGCUUGAUUUAGAAAAACAACUUAAUGAAAUCAACUGCCAACGCGAGUUGCAUGCGGAAGAAGAAAAACGGUUCCAGGAAGAACAAAUAAAAACAUGGGCAGAGCGAGAUCGGAUUGAUAUGAUGUCGAAUGAAAAGCGUAGACGUAAGAUGACAGAAUAUCGACGAGCUGUUCAUGAGUUACUUGAGAAUAGACGAAAGCAACGCAUGGAAGAAGUGAAGAGUUUAAAGGAACAAGAAGAUCGUCAGAGACAAGAGGAAAGACGAAGGCAGGAAAUACUCGAAGAAGAAAGGAUAAAAUUGUUGAAGGAACAUGCAACCGCAUUGUUAGGAUUUUUUCCACCAGGAGUGUUGCGCGAGAGCGAUCGCGAAUUUAUUCCCUUACCUAAGCUUAACUAA